UCCAUUGUUUACGAUACUUUUUACAGAUGUCAUAAUGAGGAAUUCUUGUAAAUAUACGCCCUCUUGAAUCACAAAGAAAAAUUGUACAAAAUGUGCAAUAAGUUGGAUGGAUUAUAUACGAUUUUAUUAAUUUAUCAUAUUAUUCAAUGUAGAUAAUAUGAUAAAAAGGUUAUGACUGAUAUGUUCAUUAUAUUCUUAUGCAAUUUAAACAGAUACAAACACUUAACAAGUUAAAGUUAUUAACCUUACUUUUGUUGUAAACCGUUCAACUAAAAAUGGAAGAAGAUGAAAAGAUUGCAUUUGAAAGUUAUGAAAGUAUAUCAACUAUUACUUCUAUGGAAGAAGAAGAGUAUAAAUUGGAAGAAAAAUUAACGAAAGAAGGUGUUCUUAAAAUAACGAAAGAACUUAUAGAAAAUGUACAACAAGAACUAUGUUUGAUCAAGUUAUGCUGGCCAGAAAUUGAUUACACAAAAGAUCUUUACCUAAAAAGACUUCCAAGUAGUUAUUGUACCCUCAGUGAUAAAGAAAAGUUGCUAGCUUGGUAUGCCGAAAAUUUUCGACAACAGUUUCACGUAAAAUAUCCAAAAAGGAAACCAUUAUUAUUAGUAUGUGAAAAUGAAUGUGGUAUACAAAAAUUUAUGUCUACGACUAUCAAACGAAGUACACUGCCAUACCCGGAACUGUACACGUGGCAGGAGUGCGGAAAAUUUGUCAGUGACUACGUUAAGUACGAGCCACUGAGCAAACCACUCAAAAUGGUAAGUAGUCAAACGUAUUGUUGUCAUCAAACAUCUUAUUUUAUAAAGCUAAGCGACAAAAGGUCCUUAAAUAUAUAUAUAUACUUUAUAUAUAUAUAUAUAUAAUAUAUAUAAUUUCUCAUCGAUAUAACAAAUAUCGUCUUGUCAUUUUUUAUCUCGAAUUUAUUUGUUUGGACCAUUUAGUUUCGUGCGAGUCACGUGCACACAUUAUUUUAAAUCUUAUUAUUAUUUACCGUAAGUAAAUAACUCGCUAACAAAAUGAGAGGUAGAACUGUUUGGGAAAAAGUGCAGUCCAUAAUUAAAUAUAUCAUGAAGCUGUUAUUUUUUUUCAAAUAUAUCUGCGCGAUAGAUUAGAAUGUAAACGCAAAAUUAAAAUGAAUGGAUUCUCGACCGUAGAUAACGUAGAUUCACGAUUCUUGAUUUUGAUUAUACAUCCUUAUCGAUUGUAUACGUCCAGGAUAAUGUAACAGGAUAAAAAAUUUUAAAACACAACAUUGUCUAUCGGUCGAGACUGUAUAAUCUUUUUUUAUUUUUAUUUUUAUCCGACCGCGAAGAAAUUUCCCACCGCGCGCACACGCACGCACUUACACUAACAAAUGAUAAAGUAUAAUCGAUAAUAAUACCUCUCUACGAACAUCUUAACCUUUAUUAUAAUUACAACAGUCCAUUCAAGAAUUUGGUAUACACUUAUAUACAAGGUUUUAAUAAAGAAAAUGUAAAAUCAUUACGACCUAUUUUGAUUCGGUCUUAAGGUAACUCAAAAAAAAGAAUAAAAGAAAGAAAGAAAGAAAGAAAGAACGAACUCAAUUCAAAAAAAAGAAAAAAAAAA